CUAUUUCACGUUAAGUUUAUGUCGGUUUUCUGUGGUUUAGUUGCGCGUUGAUAAAAAGUGCCGAAAGACCCAGCAUGUGUUUUCAUGUCGUGUGUGUCAGCUUUAUAUAGAUGAUGUAGAGCAAUGAUGUAUACGAGCAAGUGUGCAUUCCGCCUUACCUAGGGCAACAAAACCAACAUUCGCCGAUCGUUGUCGUGAGCAAGGCGGUGCUGCGAAAAGAACGCCAUGGCCGUCGAGCAGAUUCCUGAAGACGUGGAAGCGGCCAGCAGCGGUGACAAAAGCUUGAGCAGCAACCCACUGAGUCGCAAGCUAAACAAACUUCUCGAGGCUCGACUGGAAAAUGACCGUGAGACCCUUGAGGCUCUGCGGUCACUGUCCGAGUUCUUCACGGACAACAACAUUCGCACACGCCGGCGCUUGCGAGGCGAUCUGGAGAAACGGAGCCUGGCCAUCAACGAGGAAUUCGUCCAGUCUUUCAGCGAUCUUAAGGCAUCCAUGAGUGCUCUCUCUGAGGACAUUACGGCCAUGGCUGAGGGGUGCGCAGGCAUGGUAGAGCGUCUGCACUCUGUAAAGCGCGACACACGCGAACUUCUUGCACGCACGGGCCAGCUACGAGCUGAGGCACGGCGUCUAGAAGGGCGGCAGCAGGCAGCACAGGGCUUUUUAGCAGCAUUUCAGCCUUCACCUGAGCAGGCGGCCCUGCUACGGGGCACCGGAGGCCCCAUCGGGCGGGACCAGCUGGAUGAGCGAUUCUUGGAUGCGUUGGCCCAGAGCAGGCGCAUGCACGACCACUGCAAGCUGCUGCUGCGAAGCAGCCGAGCCCAGGCCGGACUGCAGCUCAUGGAGUCGCUCGCUGCCCAGCAAGAGGCGGCGUACGAACGCCUGUAUCGCUGGCUCCAGAACAGGUGCCGAGUUCUCGGUGCUGAUGCUGCAGCCGAACCGGGUCUCCUGUUGGCUCGUGCCUUCGGGGCAUUGCGCGAGCGCCCCCUGCUCUGGGGCUAUGCGCUUGACGAGUAUGCCAAUGCACGACGUGCCUGCGUUGUGCGGCACCUCAUUGAUGCUCUCACCCGCGGUACUGGUGGUGCGGGUGGAACUGGAGGCUCCAGGCCUCUUGAGUCCCUGGCAAAGGACCCACUCCGUUAUGCUGGAGACAUGCUAGCCUGGGCGCACCAGUGUGCCGCAUCUGAACGGGAGCUAUUGGAGCAGCUGCUUGCACAGUGCGGCGGGCUGCGUGGAAGUGGCGGUGGUGGGGAAGCAGCCCUGGACCACAUCCUGGCUGGCCUAUGCUCCCCGCUGCGCCUGCGCCUCGAGCAGCUGGCCGUUGGGGAGAGCAGCCCACUGGUGCUGUGCCGGCUACGGUCAGUGGUGCGCUUCUACGCGACCACCCUGGGCACAGGUACUGCGCUGGCCAUCUGUCUGGAUGAGGUCGCUGCGCUGGCACACAAAAUGUUCCUCAACAGCCUCACCUGCCACUGCACACGGCUCCUCGACAAGGCGGAGCUGCCCCCUGGUGACCUGGGUGCACCCCCGUUUCUGCAGCAGCUGCUGUCACUGGUGCGUGAACUCCUGUCAACGCGCGAUGGCUCCCUUGCACCUGUCGACCAGAGGCAGAAGGACCUGCCCGACAUACUUGCUCAGGUUCUAGAGCCAGCAUUGGCAGCGUGUGAGCAGCUGUCGAGCAGGCUUGCCCCUGCUGACAGGUCAGUUCACCUCCUCAACUGUCUGCAACUCGCUCAGACUGGGCUGGCUGUGCUCGAAAUGACGGAACCAUGGCUGGAUGAGCUUGAGGCACGCCAGAAGCCCCACAUUGACUGCCUUGUUGAGGAACAACUGGAGCACUUUGUGAGCCGGUUGGGCAGUGCCUUGGCUGAGGACCCAUCCCGUAGUGGCAGCAUUGUGCCACUGCCAGAGCCGCUGUCCCUGCAAGCGCUGAGCCAGGGCCUGGCCGAGCUGUGCGAGCAGCCCGAGGCUUGGGGCACGCUGCCGCCACUGGCGCUGCUAGUGGGACGCCAGCGGCAGCAGACAGUGCGCCGUGCCGCCCUGGACAAGCUGUGGCACCGCUACGCCCAGCUCCACAUGCGGGUCUAUGCUGCUUCAGAUAGGGACCUGGCCGAAAGGCUGCCCCUAGCACCAGACACCCUACGGGAGGCACUGCUGCUGCCGCCCCUCACCCAGCAGGCAGUGGAACAAGAUGGCGAAGGAGGCCAGGGGGCUUCAUCAUCCACAUAGUUGCUGUCACCUAUCCUUGUCUCAUGAGUGGCCAUGCGACAAUGGUUUUUGUGGCUGAGAAAUAGCUCCCUGUUGGCUUUGAUCCCCCCGGGUCUUUGAGUUCCUUUAUGGCUUGUGGAUUGAGCUACACUUCACAAAAGUAGGCACUUGGGCUUGUUGGUAUGGCGUAAUAAUUCGCUGUACAAAGUGGAAAGGACAGGGCAGAGGGGACAAAGAACAGUGCUGAUUGUCAUCCUCUCAGCCUUCGUGCCACCCUUUCCACACUGUAUAGUAAAUUAUGCUAAGCUUCACUUUGGUAAGUGUUAACAUCAAGUUUAUGCCCAUCAUUCCUUCCAUGGCCCAGUUGGGGGUUCCGGUGUCUUGUAGUGUGCUCAGUUUUACUCCCAUUACAAGUGUGCUGCACUAGCUACUAGCAGCACAUGCAUAGGGUCUGGCCAGACACCUCCAACCAGCAAACCAUGCUUAGAACUAGGGGCUUGCAAUGUGUACUACACUGAAGGAGCACAGGUCAGUAAAACUUGGAGCACCCAGGACACCUCCUGGCAUUUGGCAAAAUCAGUACCCUCAGCACGCCACUGACUGCUUAGGAUGCUGCUACCAGUAGCGCAAGCAUGCCACUGAUGAGGCGAUCGUAAUUUUAAAAGACGCACGAGAUACAGCAGAGAAACUAAAGUUGGAAUGACACUAAUAAUGUUAGGGUUUCCACUGGAGAGUUCAUUAAGGUUCAAAUAAAUUUUGACAAAUUUAUUUUGGUACAAGUUUUGUUCUUGUUACAGGAUUGAAAUGCUCCUCAUAGCAAAUUGUGUACUUGUAAGCACAUGCAGACACAGCUUGACAUUACAGGGUGCUCAGACGACCUCAAAGAUUUGCUGUGCAGUGUGUGAUAUCACAGUGUGCAGCGGCUACCAGGUGCACUGCUGUUGAGAACCCCUAGUGCUCUCUUUCAACUGUUGGACACCGAGUGUACGGAAGUGAGCAGCUAGAAUCUAUCUCUGCAAUGGC